AUGAAUUCCAAGCACAUGGUUGUGGCGUGUCUUAGCUGUUGUGUGGUCCUGUCACUUUAUGCGCUGGUAGCACACUAUGAAACAACCACCGAAGUGUUUGACGGUGUGGGUACUCAAGUCCAUCGACACCUGGUGACGAAUUCAUUGAUGAAUGUAACAAACGAACGUGGUCACUCGGAAGAACGAACAAAUAGUUUGGAGCUUACAACUGUCUCUGAAACGGCCGCAAGUUCUCUGGGGCAGCUUCAACUUUUGAUGAAGAAAAUUUGUAAUCUCUGUGAGCCUAUCGCACGUUUUAUCAAGAGACCUAUUCGGAAACUUUACCUAAGAUUCGCCAGCAAUAAGCGGAAAGCUGUUGGUACUUUGUUUAAGAAAGUUCAAGUUGAUAAAGUGACGAAGAAUCUUUUUGAGAGCAAGCAGUAUCGAGAAUGGUCCCACAUUGUUUGUACAGUGCUUAAGAAGGAUCUAGUUGGUGCACGAGAUGCAAUGUACUCAGUGCUUGAAGGUCACUAUACUGAUGUUCAACUGGUCAAGUUUUUCGAUGAAGUUCAAUCCACUACACAAAACGAGAAUCUUGCAGAAGCCUUUAAGAUUUUCGAGGUUUAUCUUCAGUACCGAUCUAUGACAGGCGCCGACGGUCUCACGACCAAUCUGUUGUCGAAUCGGUUGUUUAGAAUGUGGCUCGUUAAAGUCUACUGGCUUGAAAUGAAGGACUCGUGGGACAUAAUGCUGCUUUCUGAGCUAACGCUGCUCCUAACUAAGGAUAGUAUGAUAGAGAUGCGAAUAAACGCUUUGCUUGAUGUUCAAGCAUCUUCUGCAUUGAUGAAGGAGGAAGAUCUGGAAAAAUGGACGCUCCUUCAAUCGACGGUGAUCGAAUUGCUCAAAUAUAUACCCAAGUAUCACCAUAAUGAUUUUCUCACUGCGUUAAUGAAUCAAUAUUUCGAUUCGACAGUAUGGUUUAUAAGGACAGGAAACACAGAUUUAUACUCACGAAUAUUUUCAUGGUUGUCGAGCCGUUUGUAUGAUAUCGAUUUAGCACAGUUGCUAGUCAAUCUGGAGAAGAACGACGAUAUGAAAGAAGUUGUAUCUGCUUUUGAAAACGAACUUAUAUGGCGUUGGGUCGGUGAAUCUAAAACAGCAAGUGACAUCUUUUCUCGUCUUGAAAUAUUUCCAGAUAUUGCUGAAAAUCCAUUACUGAGCAUUUGGGUAUCCUUCGUGGUGUUCGAAGCCAAGAUGAAUGAGAACGUGAAUGCACGUGAGGUGAUAUACGACGUAUUAAAGAAUUACAAGAUUGACGAUCCAGAUUCUGUCAUCGACUUGAUUGUUGACAAAGUGGUGCCUCGAGUUCGCAAAGCUUUACUUAAAACAAAAGGAUUUUCAAAUACUAAGUCACCCACUAACAAGCAGAUUUAA